GCAGUAAAGGUUAGUUAAUGGACUGCUUUGCCUCUUUCACUUAGAACCAGAGCUCUAUCUUUCUAUUUCUGCUGUUCAUUUGCCUAAUUUUCCUGAUGGCUGGCAGGAAGGUUGCUUGCAGCCCUAGUUCUGCUGCCUGCAGAGACCCUACCUGGCACUCUGAAGGUGGUGCAUCAGCAUUUUAGGUAGAAAUGAAUGAAAAAUCAAUCAAGGGGACUGCAGCAGGAGCAUACACAACUCUAACCUAGUUUGUCUAUAAUUUUCAACUAUUCAUCAUAUAGUCAAGCAAUAUUUAAGAUGUGAAGAAGAUCCUUUGGCUACAAAAAUGAAGAGUUUACUUCUUCUGGUGCUGAUUUCUAUAUGCUGGGCUGAUCUUCAUUCAGACAACUAUACUCUAGACCAUGACAGAGUUAUUCACAUUCAAGCAGAAAAUGGUCCCCGUCUACUGGUAGAAGCUGAACAAGCCAAGGUGUUCUCACAUAGAGGUGGCAAUGUUACACUGCCAUGCAAAUUUUACCGAGACCCUACAGCAUUUGGCUCAGGAACCCACAAAAUCCGAAUUAAGUGGACCAAGUUAACUUCAGAUUACCUCAAAGAAGUGGAUGUUUUUGUGUCAAUGGGCUACCACAAGAAAACCUAUGGCACCUACCAGGGUAGAGUGUUUCUGAGGAGAAGUAAUGAUAAUGAUGCUUCUUUGGUGAUCACAAACCUGUCUCUGGAGGACUAUGGGAGAUAUAAGUGUGAAGUGAUUGAAGGAUUAGAAGAUGACACCGCCGUGGUAGCAUUAGACUUACAAGGUGUGGUUUUCCCUUAUUUUCCACGACUGGGUCGCUACAAUCUCAAUUUUCAUGAAGCCCAGCAGGCUUGUUUGGACCAGGAUUCCGUGAUUGCUUCCUUUGACCAGUUGUAUGAUGCCUGGCGGGGCGGACUAGACUGGUGCAAUGCUGGCUGGCUCAGCGAUGGUUCUGUGCAAUAUCCCAUCACAAAGCCCAGAGAGCCCUGUGGAGGCCAGAAUACUGUGCCCGGAGUGAGGAACUACGGAUUUUGGGAUAAAGAUAAAAGUAGAUACGAUGUUUUCUGCUUUACAUCCAACUUCAAUGGCCGGUUUUACUACCUGAUCCACCCAACCAAGCUGACCUAUGAUGAAGCGGUGCAGGCCUGUCUCAAUGAUGGUGCUCAGAUAGCGAAAGUGGGCCAGAUAUUCGUUGCCUGGAAACUUCUGGGAUAUGACCGCUGUGAUGCGGGCUGGUUAGCCGAUGGCAGCGUCCGUUACCCCAUCUCCAGGCCAAGAAGGCGCUGCAGUCCCACCGAGGCUGCAGUGCGCUUCGUGGGCUUCCCAGACAAGAAGCAUAAGCUAUAUGGUGUCUAUUGCUUUAGAUCAUACAACUGAGCGUGCACACAAGAGCACCUCGGUUUUAAAGUCAUUAAGAACAUGUGAAGGUUUUUGUGUUGUUUUGUUUUAUUUUUCAAUAUGAACUCAUGCAAGUUACCAAAACUGUGAUAACCCUUUUUUUACUUACUGUAAAGUCAUUUUCAUAAAGACCAAUUCAUUAAUUUGUUUUUGUAAAGCUAUCAUUCAAUAUAUAUUAUAAAUUAAUAUAAUUUUUAAGGAAGCGCUACAUACGGAGGCUUUAGAGCCAAACUGUUUAGGCUAUAUCAUCCUGGCCAAGUAUCCUUUCAUGAAUGGAGCAUGCAAUAGCUUGAGGAUGCUAGUAUAAAAAUAAGGAAAGUAAAGCUACUCAGAGAAGCAGCUCCACAAGCACAAAUUUUACACCUUUGUACAAUUUUGAAAUGCAGUACAACAGACAGAUUGGAGUAACAGAUUUGAAAUAGCGGCUUCUUUACAUAAGCCACGAGUCUGAGAGGUUACACAAAACUGUUUCACGUGCCAACAAUCUACAUUUUUCUAGAAGUUAAAUAUUCAAACCUCCAAGAGAAUGUUCUCUUUUUAAAAUCCUGCCUUUUAACCAAAAAAGAAAAUUCAUACAGACUCAAGUGCAGAGUAACAAGCACAGAUUAAAAACUCCUAAUAAUCCCAUUUGUAUUAAAUCCAAAUAAGCAAAUAAUAUUUACUCUAUGAGAGACUCCUACCUUCUUCUAAUUAUAAUUACACACACCUGAGAAGAAUUGUCUUAUAUUUUGAGUAGCUUUACUGAGUUAUAUUUAAAUUCCACAGGCCAUUUGCUAAGCAGCAUUUAGCAUCUUUACUCAGGGCAGUUAUCUAGAUAAACUGCUGAACAGAAAAAUUUAGCAGCUUGAUUUUAUAUUAGCC